CAACCCUGUUGAACCUUUUGAAAAAACUCUGGUUUGCUCAGACUAAAUUGCCUGGGAUGGAGGAUAAAAGUCAAGAUGUGUGGGGGAGGAUCAGCAGUAAUCAGAUUCUGGAUAUAUUCUGACAUUAGAGACAGUAGAAUCAGGAGGCUGUUGAAUUAUCUGUGGAAGAGGUGAUUAGAGUCUAAACUGAAAUUGGGUUAGUGAUGAUGGAGAAGACAGAUUAAAGAAAUAAGAGCCAAGGUAAAUAAGUACAUCUCUAAGUUCUCCUGUGUGGCUUUGUUUGCAGAAGAGUUGAUGAGUUGAUUGCUUGUUUGCUUUAAAAAAAUCUGUUUCCUCAACCCUUUCUUUAGAAAAGAGAGCCUUGUCCAACUUAUGGCAUGAAAAUCCAUACCAAGAAUUCGAGUAAUUGGGAGAGACGGUAGAAGGUUGUGAUGAGGUCAGGUGUUUCGUGGGACUCCCUCCCAGAUGAGCUGCUCCUGGGGAUCUUCUCUUGCCUCUGCCUCCCCGAUCUGCUGAAAGUCUCCGGCGUUUGUAAGAGGUGGUACUGCCUCGCGUUUGAUGAAUCUCUCUGGCAAACCCUGGACCUCACAGGUAAAAAUCUGCACCCAGAUGUGAUUGUUCGUCUGCUGUCUCGAGGCGUGGUGGCCUUCCGCUGCCCCCGAUCAUUUGUGGACCAACCCUUGGUUGAACAUUGCAGCCCUUUUCGUGUCCAGCACUUGGAUCUGUCUAACUCAGUUAUAAACGUAUCUACCCUCCAUGGCAUUCUGUCUCAGUGCUCCAAGUUGCAGAAUCUAAGCCUGGAAGGCCUCCAGCUUUCUGAUCCCAUUGUCAAUAAUCUUGCGCAGAACUCAAAUUUAGUACGACUCAACCUUUGUGGGUGUGCUGGAUUUUCUGAGUCUGCCCUGAAGACUCUGCUAAGCAGCUGUUCCAGACUGGAUGAGCUGAACCUCUCCUGGUGCUAUGAGUUCACUGAAAAGCACGUGCAGGUGGCUGUCGCACAUGUGUCAGAGACCAUCACCCAGUUGAAUCUUAGUGGCUACCGAAAGAAUCUUCAGAAAUCAGAUGUCUCUACCUUAGUCAGAAGAUGCCCCAACCUUGUCCAUCUGGACUUAAGUGACAGUGUCAUGCUAAAGCAUGACUGCUUUCCAGAAUUUCUCCAGCUCAACUACCUCCAACACCUGUCACUCAGUCGGUGCUAUGAUAUAAUUCCUGAAACUCUACUUGAACUUGGAGAAAUUCCCACACUAAAAACACUACAAGUUUUUGGAAUUGUGCCAGAUGGUACCCUUCAACUGUUACGGGAAGCCCUUCCUCAUCUGCAAAUUAAUUGCUCCUAUUUCACCACCAUUGCCAGGCCAACUGUCGGAAACAAAAAGAACCAGGAGAUAUGGGGCAUCAGGUGCCGACUGACACUGCAAAAGCCCAGCUGUCUAUGAAAUUAUUUCUUGUAGGAUAGUGUCUCCUCUUCCUUUGGAAUGGGGAAAGUAGGCAGGAAGCCCAAUUACUGAGCACUGGGCUAGUUUUUAUUAUUCGUUUUCCCUUAACCUUUAUCCUGCAAGUAAAUUAGGAAACCAUUUUCAAGGGAAAACAAUGAAGUGUUGCCUUUUUUUUAAAUAACUAUAAAAGUUUCUGUCAACGCUAUGCCCUUAAGAACCUAAGUUGUAGGCCAUCAGAAAUUUUAGGAGUUUGAGCCUAUGAUUUCAAUUUACUUUUUUACAUAGCAAAAUUUGUGCCAUUUUCUCCAAGUGCCCUUUGUAUCAAGUUUUAUUUAGAAUCAAGCUUAAAAAAUGACUUAUGGCUAAUGAUUUUUAUAGCCUUUGUGAUAACUUUUUUAUCUAUUUAAUUUUUCAGUAUUGUUUAAUAAGACAUAGUUUGGAAGAACAAUAAGCUAUGUGUAGGGUGAGCUGAACCUAAAGAGUCAUAAGAUAGUAGCAUUUAAGGUAUCUGGGAAUUAAAAAAAAUUUUCAUUUCUAUCUUAAGAUUUGAAAUUAGCUUAACAGAAACAUAUCCCCACAUCUUAAACUCUCAAACAAAUUAAACAUAUGGCCAGAGGUAUAGAGUUGGUAUAGGAUGUGAAGGCUCAAGACGUAAUUUUCUAUGCCAGGUUAAGUAUCCUUUAAUAUCACUAAGGUACUGUGUUCCUGAAAUAUAAUUGUGGUUUCUAAUUUUAUAAUCAAAUUACGUUAACAUGAGUUGUUUAGCUUUUAAAUGAGUUGCUUUGUUUUAGGAAGGUGGUAUUAACCUAAUCAGUCUCUAUUCUUGAAAAAUUGAAAGAGUUCUGAAUUGAUACUGCCUGCUGUUUUCCUUUAGUGCUAAGUUUAUUUGUAUAUUACUCUGGAAUCAAGUAUUUUAAAUUGCC